AUGCGGUCAAGACCUGCUGACGCAGGACAUCGUUCGCGAGGAUUGAUCAGUUUAUUCAUUGGUUGUGUUUCAGCUUCGUAUACGGACAGCGAUGAAGAGGACGACGUGUCGCCGCGGGAAAAGCUCCAGAAGAGCACCAAAGGAUUUGACGAUUUCUGCGUCCGAAACAUCAAUCAGGCUCCGUUCGGGCGCCGGGAAAUCGAGAUCGCUGAACAAGAAAUGCCGGGUAUCAUGGCGUUGAGAAAGAGAGCCGGAGACGACAAGCCCCUAAAAGGAGCCAAGAUCGUGGGUUGUACUCACAUCAAUGCGCAGACUGCUGUUCUGUUAGAGACUCUGGUGGAACUGGGAGCAUGCGUCCGAUGGGCUGCCUGUAACAUCUACUCUACUCAGAACGAAGUCGCAGCUGCCCUGGCAGAAGCGGGCUUUCCCGUAUUCGCCUGGCGAGGAGAGACAGAGGAGGACUUCUGGUGGUGCAUCGACAAGUGCGUGAAUGCGGAGAACUGGCAGCCCAACAUGAUCCUCGACGAUGGAGGUGAUGCCACUCACCUCAUGAUCAAGAAAUAUCCUGCCAUGUUCAAGAUGGUAAAAGGGAUCGUGGAAGAAAGCGUGACUGGCGUGCAUCGCCUGUACCAGCUGUCCAAAGCAGGGAAACUCACUGUCACAGCCAUGAAUGUUAAUGAUUCUGUCACCAAGAUGAAAUUUGAUAAUCUCUACUCCUGCAGGGAAUCUGUCAUUGACAGCUUGAAGAGAGCCACAGAUGUGAUGUUUGGUGGGAAGCAGGUUCUUGUCUGUGGUUAUGGAGAAGUGGGUAAAGGCUGCUGCCAAGCUCUCAAGGGACUCGGCUGCGUCGUCUUCAUCUCCGAGAUCGAUCCCAUCUGUGCCCUUCAGGCAUGCAUGGAUGGACUCCGAGUGGUGAAGGCAAACGAAGUGAUCAGGCAGGUGGACAUUGUCAUCACUGCCACAGGGAACAAGAAUGUGAUCACCCGAGAGAUGAUGGACAAGAUGAAGAAUGGUACAAUUGUCUGUAACAUGGGACACUCCAACACCGAGAUUGAUGUCAAUAGUUUGAGAACCCCUGACCUGACAUGGGAGAAGGUGAGGAAUCAGGUAGACCAUGUGAUAUGGCCAGAUGGGAAACGAAUCGUCCUCCUCGCAGAGGGACGUCUUGUCAAUCUCUCGUGCUCCUCAAUCCCUUCCUUUGUCAUCUCCAUCACCGCCUGCACUCAAGCCUUAGCCUUGAUAGAGCUGUUCAAUGCCCCUCCUGGCAGGUACAAGUCAGAUGUCUACCUUCUGCCCAAAAAGAUGGAUGAGUAUGUUGCAAGCUUACACCUGCCAUCAUUUGAUGCCCACCUUUCUGAACUGACUGAUGAGCAGGCCAAGUAUAUGGGACUCAACAAAGCUGGCCCCUUCAAACCGAAUUAUUACAGGUACUGAACAAAAAAGUUUCUACUGCAACCCCAGUGCAGUGUCCAGUGACUCCAGCAUCGUCCUGUUCGUUUUGUAUUUAGAGAGGCUUUAUUUUUUAGCUGAAUGUGCAAGAAGUGAGAGUGAAAAAAGAAGAUCGAGAAAAAGAGUGUAUUUGUGAGCCAUUGCAUAAAUGAAAUUAUCCCCCCCUUUCACUUCAUCUUGCUAAUCUUUGAAUUGUCAAGCCAUGAUAGAGCUUUCCUCAAUGUGGGUUUGCAGCUGACAUGGAAGUAAAAACAACAAUAUAUAAAGCUCAAAUCCCUUUCUUUGAAUCCCUCUCUCUGAGUAAUGAAUGCAGGCUUCCUUACAUCAUCUCUUCUACUGUCAAGGUUUUCUUGGUUUUAGCUGAAAACUGUUAUGAGUAUUUUUUCAAUAUUGAAUGGAUUGUAAGAAUAGCUUCAGGCUCUUCCUGAAAUCUAUUUUGAGGUCGUUUUUAAGAGGGAGUGGAUUGUCAUUUUUCCAUCAAAUAAUCAGGAGAGACUGAGGAAAAUGCCACCUACAAUCCAGUCUGCAAUGGAAAAAAUACUGUAAAUAACGCUGCUAAUGAGAUUCAUCAUCAUCUAUACUUGUCCCAUAACUUCCUCAGCUGUGAUCAAGAGAUUCAAUGAUUUGAUGUCAUUCCGACAUCAAAUAUAAAAGGAGAUCUCCUCCUAUUUGCUCUUCUUUCUCCAUAAGGCCUCUUCUCUCACAUUAUGUUUUGUACAGUUUCAUAGACUUCGUAUGUAUUGAUGAAUUCCACUGACAGGAGAUCCCUUUGCUAUUUUUUUCUGGUCUGGAUGCAUAUGAAAAGAAGUGUGAGUGAAAAGGACAUUCCAUCAAUGAUCACAAAAUAUUCAUUCCCUGCAGUCUCCAGUUUGACCCUGUGGGGAAGGCAAGAUGUGCAGCGGAGUAACCUGCUUCCAAAAAAAAAAAAAAAAAAAAAACUAUAUUCUAUGUACAGUGUUUCUUGGAAUUUUUUCGAUCGCCAGUUCCAUCCUCGGUUCUCUCUAGCAUGUGAGAGGUUUUAACGGAGCCAUAGAGUGAAGGUGUGCAUUGGUCUUGCUCAGCAUAUUCGCAUAAUAAAGGGAAACUCCUUCC